AUGUCCGACACCGUGAUCUCUGUCGCUGCAGCAAAUGCUGGUGAAGCAGAAUCAUCAAAACCCAGAUGGAUGCCAUUAGAGGGAAAUCCGGAUGUCCUAAAUAAAUAUAUCCACAACAUCGGCGUUAAAAAUCCCGAUUAUGAGUUUGUUGAGGUUAUUGGUCUGGAUGAAGAAUUGUUGGCAAUGGUACCCGAGCCAGUCAUUGCUGUCUUAGUUAUAUUUCCAAUAACAGAAGAUGUAGGCCAAACGCAUAAACCAUUAUCUCAGUUUCUUGAGACAACAAAGCUGAUGACACCCGAACAACGUGCUGAACAUCUUCAACAUGCUUUGGAUAUGGCUAGUGCCAAUGAUGAAGUAGCUGAAGAAGGGGAAUCGAGAGUUCUUGAUCGAGAGGAACAUGUAAAUCUUCAUUUUGUAUGUUUUGUUAAUUCAAAUGAUGAAGUGUACGAAUUAGAUGGACGACAACCACAUCCAAUUAAACAUAGUUCAGCAACAGGAAAUGAUUUACUUAGAAAUACAAAAAAUGUUAUUCAAAAGUUAAUUCAAAGUGUUAGUGGUGAUAUUCGAUUUAGUAUGCUGGCAUUAACAAAAGCUGAUCGAUCAUAA